AUGUCACCCGCGUACUGCCAGAGCCACCAGUGCGUGCUGUUUCCAGCCUGUUGUAUGGUGUUGAUGGAUCUUGGCAUAGAUGGCUGCUGAUGUAAAUAUGAGGGGGCAUCUUCCCCAUAAAGAUAAUGAAAAAAGAAGAACAUCAAAGGGCAGUCGGAGUCCAAGGAAAGGGAAACCUGCAUCUGGGAACAGCGGCGUCACUGAACAUACACGCCAGCCGCAACUGGAGGAAUCAGAGACGGGCAAGAAGACCUCAGUCUUUCAGGGGAAGGUUAAUGCUCUAAAAGAGAAGAAAAAGGAGUUGUCAGCUUCACAGUUUUACAGGGAGCAAGGAGAGCUCCCUGAAGAUGUUUUGGUGAAUCCACAGCUACGUACCUACCUGACCGAGGAGGUCCUGGAACGCGGCGGUCAGAGUACCUUUCAUGAUGAUGAACGCGAGAAACGUUGGGGAAGCAGUAGUAGAGAUGAUACUGCGGAGCAUUUUUCAAGGACGCUAUCUAUAUCCAGUCAGGGCUCACAUGACACUGGCUCGGGUAUGUGGCCCCAGGAUCACCUGCAAACGUCUUCUCUGGAUCUUUCAGGAACCUUGCAGCAUUCGGGUAACCUGAGUCUAGCUGAGCGAGUGGAGAGGAACAGACAGGAGCUGAGGUCUAAAUUACACAAACCAGAAGGUCUCAGUGUGGAGACACAGCAUGGACCCACACCAAAACGUGACAGCUGGAUGACUCACGUGGAAGCAGAUGGCGACUCAGGUGUUUCUCUACCAGUUUCAGAAAGCUGCGGGGAGCUGAGCGUCCGUCACGAACAGGCCAAGCAGCUGUUGCACAGAGCACGGAUGAAAGCCAAAGGAGCCAGUCCACUGCGAGCCUCACACUGUGUGUCCAUUCACUCGCACUCACAGCCUCCACUCAGACGCAGCCGUUGUGCUUCUGGUGCUGCCACGGAUGGGGGGUCUCUGAGUGACAGCUCCAGCAGUGACUAUUGUUCGUGGAAUCGAGGAUCUCGUGGAACGUCGCCCUCCCACGUGCGUUUCCAAGAUGAGUCAGAACGAGAGGCAGAGGAGCGUUACCGAGAACGCCAGCAACAGGGUCCGCAGUCACCCUCUGCAAACGCUACCCCACCUCUUAUGCGACAGUCCAGUGGUCAUGUUUCCGGGACCCAGCACCUGUCACCAUCUGGUAAUGAACAUUGUGGAACUUGUGGCUCCUACCUAAAUGGAUCAGGAGCCAAUCAGGUUCCAGGAGGUACCCCCCAACGCACAAGUGGUCGGAAUAUUCAGAUGGGCUUAAGAAUCACUCAGGAGGGCCCUCUCAGUUGUCCCUUAGGGACUAAACCCUCUCCUCACUGGAUUCUUCCAUCGCAGCCAUGGAGAAUACAUACGGAGCUGAUCCGCGAGACACAUAUCGGAGAGGAUUCCACUGCAAACUCCUCAGAGGAAGAGGACGCUAUCCGGAGCCAAAGUAAAAAUAGUCCUCAUUGUGCUGCCAGAAGAAAUUCUCGGAACACACCUUUAAGUGCAUCUCCUAGACUUGGUUACACACCGUAUACUCCACACCAAGAAAUCGAAACCAGUAUUAGCAGCUUAAAGCCAGUGACCGAAAAUAGAAUGAAUGAACAUCCAUCUAUGAUAGGAAGAGCAACACAAAACCCACCGCCUUGGAAGCCAGGUCCAUCGGGCAAAACAUCAGAAUCAAAUCUAGAAUCCCAGACUAAUACAAGAUCAAAUCAUAGGAAUCAAACUGUGUCUCAGGACGUUGACUGUAGAUCAGAAAUAAAGCCUGUAGGGGUAGCUAUAAAUUCCAGGAAAGAACUCAGUAUGUUAAAUCCAAAAAAUGGAAAUACUUUGUUAAACACAGAUGCUAGAGAAUGUACAAACAUUGGGAAAAUACAAACUUUAAACACAGCCUCUUGUACAGAACAGAUAUUUACUUCACUGGGUGUUGGUUCUGCUCAUGGUAACCUAACAGUCUCUGGCCAUAAUUAA